AUGCUCUCUAACCCCUCUCCAGCAGCGAGCUUUGGAUUUGAUACAUCUACAGGCUCUUUACCUGUAUAUAUUGGAUAUGUUACGGUAGAUCCUAAAGCAGGACGAGCAUUAUUUUAUUAUUUUGUGGAAUCUCCACAAAACUCUUCUACUAAGCCACUUGUGUUGUUCAUUGGUGGAGCUCCUAUGUGCUCUUCACUAGGAAUUGGAGCAAUGAUGGAACUUGGACCAUUCAAAGUCCAUGAAGAUGGUAAAACUCUAUAUCGAAAUGGAUAUGCAUGGAAUUCUGAGGCCAAUAUCAUCUUCCUUGAAUUUCCAGCUGGUGUUGGAUUUUCGUACUCAAACAGGACAUCAGACUAUGACUUAAAUGGGGAGACUGUCCGUGAUUCAUUUACCUGGAGAGAUUUCCUGAAUACAAGACUAGAGAUUUCUUUAUUGUAG